AUGGCGUCCGCUCAUGAUGCAUCCUAUAUCUUCGUGGUAGGAGGAACCGGCGCCCAAGGAAUCCCCGUGAUCCGCGGUUUGGUGAAAGACAAGAAAUACAAAUGCCGCGUGCUCACCAGAGAUGCCAACUCAUCGAGGGCCAAAGCACUGCUCGACCUAGGCAAUGUCGAAUUGGUCGAAGGCACAUUUGCCAGUGAAGCAGACCUGCGCAAAGGAUUUCGCGGGUGUGAUGGAGCCUUCGUCAACAUCGACGGGUUCAACUGCGGCGAAAAGACGGAGGUCUACUGGGCCAUCCGCAGCUAUGAACUCGCGUUGGAAGAAGGCAUCAAGUUCUACGUCUACGGCAACCUCGACUACGCGUACAAGAAGGGUGGAUAUGAUCCGAAAUUCCGCGCCGGCCAUUACGACGGAAAAGGCAGGAUAGGAGAAUGGGUGCUCCAGCAGAACAGGGACAAGGUCAACAGCCACAGGAUGGGCGUCGCCGUUUUCACCACGGGGCCAUAUAUUGAGAUGUCGAUUGCCAAAGCCACAAUCUUCACGCCCACGGUCGAGGAUGAUGGUAUCGUCACUUGGCGUGUCCCGGUGGGUGACGGGGCCGUCGUGCAUGUCUCCUUGGACGACUGCGAAUAUUAUGUUCGCUGGCUGUUCGAUCAUCCUGAACGCUCUAAUGGCAUGGAUCUCGAGGUUGCCAUCGAUCAUAUCCACUAUGCUGAUCUGGCCAAGGCGUUUCAAACCGUCACCGGCCACCCGGCCAGGUACAUCGAUACUGACUUGGAGACGUACUGGGAGACAGGCAAUUGCGCCGCUUCGGCGAGCCUGAUAAGCGGGUAUAACUCUGAUCCCAAGGAUCCGGCGGUUAUGACCUUCAAGGAGAACUUCACUGGGUUCUUCAAUAUAUGGAAAUACUCCGGUGGGAACCAAGGCGUGAUAAGGAGGGAUUAUGAGCUGCUGGAUGAAAUCCACCCGGGUAGAAUCAAGACUGCGGAAGAGUUCUUUAGGAGAGAAGACGCACGAGGCAGGACAGCCGGUCUGGGGAGUCUUUGGGAUCGUGUCCAGGAGGAAAAUCUCAAGCCUGUUCUGAAGAUCGCUGAGGAUAAGAGGCGAGGUCGUCUGUGA